UUCAAACAAAUCGAGCCACGUUUAACGAGUAAAAGCCAGAUAUCAAUUGAAAGGGAGACAUGGACAUGUACACUCUUCGCGUUUUCAGAAUGUGGAAUUGGAGACUGCCAAGCGGAUCCUGAGUUCCUUUAGAAUCAGAAGGAAUCAAUUUCGGAAGCGUGGCGAUUUCAGGAUGAACCAGCUUUUUAUAUCCUCUGCCUGCGGUGUCAGUGUAAUUUUGGAGUUUCAAGCGGUGAGGAAUGUGAAGCGGAGCAAUUUCUCGGUGCUUCAUUUUCUUUAAGUACUGCAAACCAUUUGUGAGCGCUUAAGGAGUCCGGGCGUCCGAGUUCACGAUCGACGGACUGAGAGCUCGAGCGAGGAAAGGAGGUAAUCAGGGAAGGAAGGAGAGUACAAUACAGCAUAUGUUGCUUAGUCUCGUGAAACAAUUUUGUAGUAAACACAGAUUCUCCUCAAUCCGGAUUUCAGCCGUGCAUCGUCAAUCUGCCUACACGUGAUUGAUUGCUUGGUUUUGAUAUAGGAAUCUCGUAACUUAUGGUUGGAUCUUCAGUAAUUGCACGAAUGCUCCUUUAGCUGGGAUCACAGGGUACUUACGUCCCUUGUUUCAAUUUUAUCAACAGUCUCAACAGCGCAACAGAUUAGUUGCACAACAGAGAGAGAGAGAGAGAGAGAGAGAAUGAGAAUGUCUAGCAGAGAGAAAGAAAAAAAGGUUCUCAAAAGAAGUCACAGGAGGGCAAUCCCUCCACAGAAGGCUUCAACCUCGUCCCUUAUGAAAGAGGAAUAUGAAUCUGAAUCCGGAGAGGAACAGUCUCUGACAUAUCUGCUUCCGGAUGAUGCACUGAUUCAUGUGCUGCGAAGUCUCCCAACCCGCGAGCUGCUUUGCAGUGCAGCGUUCGUUUGUAAAAGAUGGCAUCGUUUGUGCAGACAACAUAUGGUUUAUGAACUUCUACCUUCACCUUACAACCCAAGUGACAAGCCGUGGGGACAAAAGAAUGAGGCCCAGCUUUUCCAACUUGCGGUGUCCCACUCAUCUUCGCUUGAGAGAUUAAGUCUUGUAGGGUUGAAACGUUUGACUGGCAGUGAUGUCAUUUCUUUGUUACCGAAGCUGCCGAAGCUAGAGGAUCUGUCGAUUGAAUCAUGUACAAACUUUGGGUCUGACGACUUGGAAGCAGUUUGUAGUCAGUUACCAUCUCAUUUACUCAGCCUUGAUCUUCACAACUUUGACUCAGUAGCGACGAGAUAUCAUAAUUGUUCUAUACCUCGUAAACAUAUCGAUGAUAAUGUCGUGGGUGCCAUACAUCAAAGGUGCCCGAAGCUACAGAAGUUGAACUUAGAUUAUUGCGGCAAUCUCUCAAUGAAAGCUGUCGGCCUUCUUUUGCAAGGAUGCCAGUUUCUGACGUCGUUAGACCUGCAUAGUUAUAAACUUGGCUGGCCCGAAGUGGCUGAGAUCUUUAGACUAUGUCAGUCUCUGCGACAUUUCUCACUGGUUUCAAUUCGUCUCGACCUGUUGGAAAACCCUGGCAAAGAACUGUCUGAUUUUCUGCUACCCGGCCCUGUUCCCGUUCCGUGCGUGUUGCCUAGGCAGUUAACAUCUCUUCGUCUGUAUCGUUCUCCAAAUCGAGCAAUCUCAAUGGAGUCGGGACCAAUGAGGAUAGUGCUCGAGGAAUUUGGGACGCAGUUAUUGCAUCUACAUGCACAAACUGUUUACAAUACCACUUGGGAAGUGAUUCGACGCUUUUGUCCCAACCUGAAGCUGCUGGACCUGUCACACUGCAAAGUCGAGCUUUGUCUUGCCACCAAGAUUGAAGAGACGAUGUUGUGCGGUAUGUUUCCGACGCUAAAGGAUUUGGAGUACUUAGCGCUUCCCUACGCUACAGAUGCUAUUCUCUUGAAGAUUGGCUGGAAUUGUCCAAAGCUUAGAGAGCUGCGUUUCCAGGGCUUUGGAAUAGUCGACAAGCCGACUGUGUUCAAAGAAGUGACAGAUGCAGGUGUAGUUGGACUUGUCGAAGGGUGCCCGGACUUGAGAGUGCUUUCUUAGGCAGGCUGUCGCAAUAUCACUGCUCUUUCUACUCGAAAUAUCGCGUUCCAUUGCAGGCGGUUGAAUGUUCUAAUACUCAAUCGCUGCACUGGCAUCAAUGACAAUGCAGUUGCAGUCAUGAUGCCCCGCCUCUGUUCUUCACUUGUGUACCUCGAUUUGAUCGGCUGCAAGCUAACCCGUUUGAGUUGGCAGUCUAUUCUGAAACAUGCCAAGGAUACAACGUUGCGAGUUUUGGCACUGAAUGGUCGUAUUUGUCCCCCUGGAUUUGAAAAGACCUUAGGUCCACGGGUGCGCGUCAUUGAAGGGUGUUCAAGUGGCCUGCGAUGGUUGGGAUACUACCAUGAAUUAAAGAUGUACUAGAGUAGGCUACAAUAUAACCUAGACUUCUCUCAAUGUUUGGGUUUCUAUCUCAACACAUGUAGUAUAUGUUAAAACCCUGAUUGCGAGGGCGUGACAUCUUUCCAUGCCACGUUAUUCGUGCACACUGAUCAUUUCAGUGACAAUUCUUAGGUGUCUGAGGCAGUCUGUCUGUGAAUAAAAACUGAUAUCGAGAAGUCAGUUCAUACGUUUGAUUUUAUUUUGAGCAGUAAAAUUGAACCUUCGUUCGUAAUUUGUAAGUUGAGAAGUGUAAGACAAGUAUGAUCAGAAAAUAUUGCCUGUACUUUAAGACUUCUAAUGUAUGAAAGUGGCAAAAAUU